AUGAAGGUAUCGUGGGAACAUCCGUCGAUUACCACUGGCAUUGCCAAGUACACUGCCACAGUAAAGACCAAGGAAGACAAAAGCUGCGAAACUACCAACGACGUAACGACAUGCAAUAUCUCGUCACUGGAACCUUCGACUGAGUACACGGUCGUCGUAAAAUCAUGCGACAUCUCAAACGGAGAGAAACAAAUCUGCAGUACUGUCGUCGAAAAAUCUGACUACACAAAACCAAGUGCUCCUACCGGUGUGAAGGUUACAGCAAAGAGUGACACUUCAUUGGAAGUAACGUGGACGCCCGCAUCCACACGCACGACCUCCUACGACUACUCCGUGUACAUCAAGUCAAGCGAGAUACACCACUGUGGACCCCAUACAACUGAAACGUCUUGUACCAUCACCUCACUCUCACCAUAUACGGCCUACAGUGUGGUCGCCAGGUCCUGUUUCAAGCCGACUGGCAAUGACGAACGAAUUUGUGACGAUGCCGAGGAAGUGUCUGACCAUACGCUACCAAGUGCCCCUGUCAAUUUGAGGCUUCAAGCAGUGACUAGCACUACAGUUGAAGCCUCGUGGAGUUGCUUGCAAGAAGACAAUGGUCCAGAACCAUUCCUGUAUACUCUCUCCACUUCUGACGGCCAAAGCUGUUCAGGAAGCUGUACUUCUGGACACGUUUCGUGCACUGUAAAAAACCUGCUCGGGAACACUCCUUACAACCUUACUGUUAAAGCUUGUGAUCGAAAUUCUCCACCGCGUUGCAGUAGUCCGUCAACGGAACUCUCAGCUUGUACUAAGUCAAAACGUGAGUGUGUCUUGCUUGUCUUGUUGGAAAAAGGCAUUAAUCCUUGCUGCACCGAUUACUCCAAAUCGGUCAGAUUCGCCAACCAAAUCUCAGUGGGGUGGUGUGUGCUAGGAAAAAGCAUUCAAUAA